AUGGGCGCAACAAGCCAUUUCGUCGUCAAGAAGACGGACCACCCGGGCUCGACCCGGCGGGAAAUCGAACAGGAACCGAACUGGGGAUCGGGACACAACCACCGUAUCGGGUUCAAGAACCGCGACAACCGGGUGCCCGGUUAUGUCGCCGAGGCCAAGGGGAAGCUGAGUGCCCUCCACCAGCGGAUGGACGGCGGCGACCUCGUCAAUUUCGAGGACGUGAUCAAGGCCCAGGAGGACCUCAGCCUGCGGCACCCGGAAAACAGAUCCGUCGGUUGGCGUUACGUGCUCGAUGUGACGGAGGACUGGGUCAAGUAUGGCCAGAGAUGGCCUGCCAACCUGGAAGCAGAGAAGAAGAAGAAGGAGGCGGAGGACGUCGAGAAGAAGAAGGUGGAAGCAGACAAGGGAAAACGGAACGAUCACCCUUCUACGCCGCCAGAUACGCCAGUCGAGGAUAGCCAACCCAAGGGCGAUGGUGACAAGGAGAAGCCCGAAGACAAAUACUCGCCUCAGGAGCUGGCACUGCUACGUGCCCUCGAGAACGAGAGCGAGUACAUCAGAAACCUGGAGAUCAACGACGGGAAGCGGGUGUCUCCCCAGAAGAGCCACCGCCAGCAAGUGUCCAUCGACGAAGCCGACCAGUUCACGCCGGACAACUGGCUCCCGCGCAGCCAGGACCUCAUCCGCCUCACCGGCAAACACCCGCUGAACGCCGAGCCGCGCCUGACGAAGCUCUUCGACGCCGGGCUGGUGACGCCCAACGAGCUGCACUACGUCCGGAACCACGGCCCCGUCCCCCGGCUGCUGUGGGAGUUCCACGAGAUCGACGUCGAGCACGGCGCGCUGGUGCUCUCGAUGGACCGGCUCAAGAACGACUUCGAGGCCAUCAACAUCCCCGUGUUCCUGGCCUGCGACGGCAUGCGGCGCAAGGAGCUCAACCUCAUCCGCAAGUCCAAGGGCUUCAACUGGGGCCCCGGGGCCGGGAGCUGCGCGUACUGGAAGGGCCCCCUCCUCCGGGACAUCCUCCUCGAGGCCGGCAUCCCCGGGCGGCGGCUGAGGGCAGACCAGCGCUACUGGGUCAACUUCGAAGGCGCCGACGAGCUGAGCGAGGGGAAGUACGCGACCAGCAUCCCGUUCGAGUACGCCAUGGACCCCAUGAACGACGUGAUCCUCGCCUACGAGAUGAACGACGUGCCCUUGCCCCCGGACCACGGCUACCCCGUGCGCGUCAUCAUCCCGGGCUACGUCGGCGGGCGCAACGUCAAGUGGCUGAAGCGCGUCUGGAUCAGCGAGCAGGAGAACGACUCGCACUACCACGUCUGGGACAACCGCGUGCUGCCGUCCUUCAUCACCGACAUGGACAGCGCCUUCGCCGAGGCCAUGUUCCGGCACCCGAGCACGGCGUGCAACGAGCAGAACCUCAACUCGGUCAUCGUGCGCCCGGAGCAGGGCGAGCGGAUCAGCCUCGUGGAUGCCGGCGGCGGCGGCGGCGGCGGCGGCGGGGGGCACAAGACGUACCGCAUCCGGGGCUACGCGUACGACGGCGGCGGGCACGAGGUGCAGCGCGUCGAGGUGUCGCUCGACGGCGGCGAGAGCUGGCUCUACUGCGUCCGGACGUUCCCGGACGCCCCCGUGCGGCACGGGAACAAGUUCUGGACCUGGCUGCACUGGCACGUCGACGUGCCGCUCUCGCACCUGAUCCAGGCGCGGGAGGUCAAGGUGCGGUGCUUCAACGUGUUCAAGAACACGCAGCCCGAGCGGCCGGCGUGGAACCUGAUGGGCAUGAUGAACAACUGCUGGUACACGGUCCGGUCUGAGAUCGUCGACGACGCCAACGGCGGAGGCGGCGACACGCACGUGCUCUUCCGGCACCCGACGGAGCCGGGGACGGGGGACGGCGGGUGGAUGAAGGAGAGCGUCGUGAACCAGAUCGAGGCGGCGAAGCGGGACGCCGGCACGCCGCAGAAGCAGUUCACGAGGGAGGAGGUCGAGAAGCACGAUAAGGAGGACGACUGCUGGAUCGUCGUGGACGGCAAGGUGUACGACGCCACGUCGGUCAUGGCGUGGCACCCAGGCGGAAAGGCGCCCAUCAUGGCCCACGCCGGCCGGCUGCAUCAGGAGACGACGGAGGAGUUUGACAGCAUCCAUGAUGGGCUUGCGUACGAGAAGCUGCAAGAAUGCCUCCUCGGGGUCGUCACCGAUAAGGCCCGAAACUUUAUCAAGAAGAAUGCCGAGAAGGAGGCCGCCGAGAAGGCCAAGGGCGACGUCGACGAGAAACGCGCGUUGAAGAAGCACAGAUGGAUCCCCACGAAGCUCGUCGACAGAAAGACCCUCUCGGACGACACGUUCUCGUACACCUUCCGGCUGCCGGACCGCCAGGCCGUCCUCGGCCUCGGCACAUGCCAGCACGUCUUCAUCGGCUUCCACUUACACGACAAGAUGCUCGUGCGGUCCUACACGCCGACGCGGCCCAUCCUGCCGGCCCCGCAAGACGCGCCGAGCGAGAUCCCGGAGCCGCGGGACGGCGACGGCGACGGGGACGAGGGAAACCGGAAACACGGCCCCGCGGACGGCGACGGCACUUUUGAGCUCGUCGUCAAGACGUACUUCCCCGACGCCAGGCAGCCCGGCGGCGCCAUAUCCAACAUCCUGCACAACCUGCCCAUCGGCGGCGAGGUCGAGAUCCGCGGGCCGACGGGCGAGAUCACGUACGAGGGUAACGGGCGGUUCGUCAUCGACGGCGAGGAGCGCGUCUUCAGGCGCGUCUCGCUCGUCCUCGGCGGCUCGGGCGUGACGCCGGGGUACUCGUUCAUCGCGCGGAUCGUGGCGGCCGGCGGCGACGAGACGGAGGUGCGCGUCGUGGACGCCAACAAGGCCGAGAGGGACAUCCUGCUCCGGGACGAGCUCGACGGGUUCGCGCGGGAGAGCGGCGGGCGGCUGGGGAUCACGCACGUGCUGAGCCACCCGAGCGACGAGUGGAAGGGCCUGAAGGGGCACGUCGACGAGAAGGUGUUGAAGGAGAGCCUGUUCCCGCCGUCGGGCGACAGCGCCGUCUUCCUCUGCGGGCCGCCGACGAUGAUUCAGAAGGCCGUGCUGCCGGCGUUAAAAGACUGGGGUUAUGAAGAGGACAAGAACGUGUUUGGGUUCUAA